AUAUGUAUUGUGCUCAUCUAGAGAGUCUCUUACAAAAACAGGUUCCUAAUUCCUGAAACCCAUCUAAAAUUAAAACCACCAAAAAGCCAAAAGGAUAAAAGUAUUUGAGUCUUGAACCUCUUAGUAUCUCUGUUUUACUAGUUAUAAUUUGUUUUCAGUUUUUGUUAUUUCCAUUCAUUCAUAUAGAAAAAGAAAAAAAAAAACACUGUAUACAAAAAAAAACAAACCAAAAUCUGAAGGAAAAAAAACGGUUAUCUCAUAUAUUGUAUGUAUUUUUAAUUUGGUACAUACUCUGUUGAUUUCAAAGGUAUUUUUAAUAUUCAGAGAUCAUUUUAGUUUCUGCUUUUUGAAGCUAUUUUGCAUCACUCAAUAUAAUACAGGCAAACUCAAGUCAGAAGGAAGAGGAGAAGAAAAGAUAAUCAAUGGAAAUUCUAUUUUCUAUUGUUGGAACAAUAGCAGAACAUACUGUUGUGCCUAUUGGACGUCAAGCAAGUUACUUGAUAUUCUACAAAGGCAAUUUAAAUUCGUUAGCGGAUAGUGUUAAAGGCCUUGAGGAUGCAAAAAAAACAAUAACCCAUUCCGUUGAAGAAGAAAAGAGAAACGGUAAAAAUAUUGAAGAAGCUGUGAUGAACUGGUUAGAAAAAGUGGAUGAGGUCAUUGGAAAGGCAAAUCAGCUUGAAAAUGAUCCUCGUCGUGCCAAUGCUAGGUGCUCAGCAUGGCCGUUCCCCAAUUUGAUUUUGCGUCAUCAACUAAGUAGGAAAGCCACAAAAAUUGUACAAGAUGUUAUUCAAGUUCAAGGAAAAGGGACGUUUAACCGAAUUGGUUACCUUCCCCCCCUAGACGGAGAAACCUCCUCCUCUUCAACAAGAGGUGGUGAAAAGUAUGAGACAAGGGAGACAUUUAAAGAGAACAUUAUGAAUGCUCUAGCACAUCAUAAUUCAUGCAAUAUUGGGGUCUAUGGGUUGGGUGGUGUGGGUAAGACCACUCUGGUGGGGGAAGUUUUUGAAAUAUCUAAGAAACACAAAUUGUUUGAUGCAGUUGUUAAAACCCAUGUAACAAAAAAUCCAGACAUUAAAACAAUUCAAGGGGAGAUUGCAGAUUGGUUGGGUCUACGGUUCGGUGAGGAGAGUGUUCUCGGAAGAGCACAUCGCCUAAGGCAAAGAAUCAAGAUGGAGAAAAAUAUCCUUAUCGUUCUAGAUGAUAUAUGGACAAUACUUGAUUUGAAGAAAGUGGGAAUUCCAUUUGGUAAUGAACAUAAUGGUUGUAAAUUGUUGAUGACAUCCAGAAAUCAAGAUGUGUUGUUGCAAAUGGAUGUUCCAAAGGAUUUCAUUUUCAAACUUGAACUUAUGAGUCAAAACGAGACAUGGAGCUUGUUUCAAUUUAUGGCUGGGGAUGUGAUUAAAGAUAGCAAUUUGAAAGGUGUAGCAAUUCAAGUUGCCCAAAAAUGUGCAGGUUUGCCUCUUGUGACAGUGACGGUAGCUCAAGCAUUGAAAGGUAAGAGGGAUGUUCAUGCUUGGAAAGAUGCAUUAAGGAGAUUAGAAAGUGAUCAUCAUACAAUUUUUUCUGCUUUGGAAUUGAGUUACGACUCAUUGGAGAAUGAUGAAAUUAGGGAUGUCUUCUUGCUUUUUGCAUUAUUUCCAGAUGGUAAUGUACAGUACUUUCUAAAAGUUGCAAUGGGUUUGGAUAUAUUAAAGGAUAUUAAGACUGUGGAUGAUGCUAGAAACAGACUUUAUCCAAUAAUCCAUUCUUUGGAGGCGACUUGUUUGCUUGAAGUUAAAAAAAGUGGAGAUAUCGAAAUGCAUGACUUUGUUCGUGAUUUUGCUAUCUCCAUAGCACGUAGGGACAAACAUGUAUUUCUAAAAAAACAAUCAGAUGAGGAAUUCCCAACCAAGAGUUUUUUAACAAGGUGCACGCAGGUUGUUUUAGAUGAUUGUAUGCACGAGCUUCCUCAAAUGAUUGAUUGUCCAAACAUUAAGUUUUUCUUUUUGUCCAGCGAGAAUCUUUCUUUAGAAGUCCCUGACAAUUUUUUUGAGGAUAUGGGAAGCCUUAAAGUCCUAGAUUUAACAGCUUUGAACUUGUCUUCAUUACCCACUUCAUUUCGGUUCCUAACCAACCUUCAAACACUGUGUCUGAAUUAUUGUAUUUUGGAAAAUAUGGUUGAGAUAGAAGCUUUGCAAAAUUUAGUUAUUCUUUGCCUUUUGGGUUCUUCAAUGACCAAGUUGCCAAGAGAAAUACGACAAUUGACUCAAUUGAGAAUGCUUGAUUUGAGCGAUUCAGGAAUAGAAGUAAUCCCACCCAACAUUAUAUCAAGCUUGACCAAACUGGAGGAGUUGUACAUGGGAAAUACCUUUGUUAAUUGGGGAGAUGCGAGUCCAACGGCUCAAAACAAAAAUGCUAGCAUUUCUGAGCUUCGAAAACUACCCAAGUUGACAACUCUUGAAUUACAAAUUCGCGAGACAUGGAUGUUGCCAAGGGAUUUGCAGACGGUGUUCGAGAAGUUGGAAAGAUAUAAAAUAGCUAUUGGUGAUGUAUGGGAAUGGUCUGACAUAGUGGAUGGAACCUCAAAAACAUUGAUGCUCAAACUUGGUACUAACAUACAUUUGGAGCACGGAAUUAAAGCAUUGAUUAAAGGUGUUGAGAAUUUGUACUUGGAUGAUGUAGACGGAAUUCAAAAUGUGGUUUAUCAAUUAAAUGGAGAAGGAUUUCCGUUGCUGAAAUAUCUCCACGUCCAAAAUAAUGCAAACAUGAAGCAUAUUGUUGACUCUCAUGAGAGGAAUCAAAUCCACAUGUCCUUUCCAAUUUUGGAAACACUAGUACUUGAUAAUCUUGAAAAUUUGGAGCAUAUAUGUCUUGGUCCACUUUCAACCACUUCUUUUAGAAGUCUUGGUGUUAUCAAAGUCAAACAUUGUGACCAUUUGAAAUAUCUUUUCUCCUUUACAUUGGUUAAAGAGCUUUCACACCUUUCUGAGAUUGAAGUUUGUCACUGCAAUUCUAUGAAGGAGAUAGUGCUCGGAGACAACAAUUCAAGUGCAAAUUCUAUAACUAAUGAAAAAUUUGAGGUUUUUCUAUUUCGUUCUUUGACUUUAGAACAUAUGGAAACACUUCAGGAUUUCUUCACCAGAAGUGAGCAAAAGCAUCAAUGGUUAGAGCCUUAUAUUUCAACCCCAUUUUUCAAUGCUCAGGUUUCAUUUCCUAACUUGGAUACCCUUAAAUUGAUCUCACUCAAUUUGGGUAAAUUUUGGGAUGACAAUCAUCAAUCAAUGUGUAACUUAACUAGCUUGAUUGUGGAGAAUUGUGGUGGAUUGAAGUACUUAUUCUCGUUGACUAUGGUUGGAAGUCUUAACAACCUCAAACACCUUGAAAUAAGCAAUUGUCCUCUGAUGGAGGAGAUAAUAGCCAAAGAAGAGACAAACAAUGAAAUAGAAGAGCACGUUCAUUUUUUCAAAUUAGAGAAAAUCACAUUGAAGGACAUGGACAACUUGAAGACAAUAUGGCACCGCCAAUUUGAAACAGUGAAGAUGUUGCAAGUGAGCAAUUGUAAGAAAAUUGUGGUGGUUUUUCCUUCUUCAAUGCAAAAAACAUAUACUAAGCUAGAGAUGUUGGAGGUUACAGAUUGUGCUUUAGUAGAAGAGAUAUUUGAAUUGAGUUUCAAUGAAAAUAGCAGUGCAGAGAAUACAACACUUUUGAAAGUUGUUAUAGAUGGAUUGCCAAAACUGAAAAAUAUAUGGAGUGGGGAUCUUCGCAGAAUUCUUAGUUUUCAAAUUCUUAUAUUUGUAAAACUUACAAACUGUGAAAGCUUGGAGUAUCUAUUACCACUUCCUAUAGCCAGUUGUUGUUCACAUCUCCAAAAACUUCAUAUAAAAAACUGUGGAAAAAUGAAGGAAAUUGUUGCAGAGGAGAAGGAGAAAGAAUUUGGAGUGAGUGCAGCUCCCACAUUUGAGUUUAAUGAACUAAGUAGUUUAUUGCUUUGGAACUUGCAUAAACUCAAGGGUUUCUAUGCUAAAGAGCAUACCCUAACAUGUUCAUCUUUGAAGAAAAUUGAUGUUUUCAAUUGUGCAAAGUUGAAUUUGUACAGAACUCUAUCUACAAGAAGCUCCAAUUUUCAAGAUGACAAACUCUCCGUUUUAACGCCACAACCACCUUUCAUUGUCGAAGAGGUUAUUCCAAAUUUGAAGGAGUUGAGAAUAAAUAAUAAAGAAGCUAACGUGAUAUUGCAAGCCCAAAACUCAAGUGCCCUAUUCACCAAAAUGACAUUUCUUUCUUUGUCCCAUUAUAAUAUUAAAGAUGCUACAUUUCCUUAUUGGUUUCUUCAAAAUGUGCACACUCUUGAGUCACUAGUUGUUGAAUGGAGUAGCUUCAAGAAAAUAUUUCAAGAUGAAAGACAAAUAAGUGAGAAGAAGACUUACCCACAGCUCAAAAUGCUCACAUUGUAUCAAUUACAUAAGCUUCAACAUAUAUGUGAGGAUGGAUUCCAAAUUGAUCCUGUUCUUGCAUUCCUUGAAAACUUAUAUGUUGAUAACUGUUCUAGUUUGUUAAGUUUAUUGCCUUCCUCCGCCACCCUUAAUCAUUUGGAAUAUCUGGAGAUAACAAAUUGCAACGGGUUAAAAAAAUUAAUGACAUCUCCUACGGCACAAAGUUUGCACAAGCUCAUUUCGCUGAAGGUAAAAGACUGUAAUUCACUUGAAGAAAUAAUUAAUGGAGAGGAAAAUGUUGGCAUUGCAUUUAUUAGUUUAGAAUUAUUGAUGUUGGAUUGUUUGCCAAGGCUCACCAAAUUUUGUUCUACUAAGUGCUUCUUGAAGUUUCCAAUGUUGGCGGAAGUAAUUGUGAGGGAGUGUCCUCGCAUGACGAUUUUUUCAGAGGGAAACACAAGUACACCAAAUCUUCAAAAAGUUAAAAUUGCAGAAAAUGAUGAAUGGCUUUGGAAGGGAAACCUAAAUGAUACAAUAACCAACAUAUUUGGAGAUAAGUUUGGUGGUUUUAAGCAAUUAAAACUGUCUCGAUAUCCAGAGUUGAAAGGAUUGUGGUAUGGUCAACCUCAGCACAAUGUAUUUAGGAGUCUGAAGUAUCUAGUGGUUCAUAAAUGUGAUUUUUUAUCUGAUGUGCUCUUUCAACCAAAUUUGCUAGAAGUGCUAAUGAACUUGGAAGAAUUAGAUAUCACAUAUUGUGAUUCAUUAGAAGCAGUUUUUGAUAUGAAAGGUGGUGAAUUUGAAAAAGAAAUUCUUGUGAAGAAUUCUACUCAAUUGAAGAAAUUAACACUAUCUAAUCUUCCAAAACUGAAGCAUGUAUGGAAGGAGGACCAACAUAGCACUAUGGGGUUUCAAAAUUUAAUUGAAGUGUCUGUUGAGGAGUGCCCAAGUUUGAAAAGCCUCUUUCCGCUCUCAGUAGCUAGAGAUAUGAACCAAAUUCAAACACUUGAAGUGACUUCAUGUGGGAUUGAAGAAAUUGUUGGCAGGGAGGAAGGAGUGGAUGAGAUAGUUGAAUUUGUGUUUCCUAAUUUAACAUCCAUUAGACUUCACCAUUUGGCCAAACUAAAGACAUUCUUUGGCGGAGUCCAUUCUCUUCAAUGUAAAUCAUUGAAAACGAUCAACUUGUUCAGAUGUCCAGAAAUUGAGCUAUUUAAGGCAGAGCCUUUGAGUCAGCAAGUGAGUGCCAGAAAUGAUGAGCUCAAUAUCACAACAUAUCAACCUUUGUUCGUGAUUGAAGAGGUAUUUAACACUGUGGAGAGGUUGUUCAUGAAUAUGAAAUAUUUUGACAUGAUAUUGCAUAGCCAAUAUUCAGAGGUUCAAUUCAACAAACUCACACACAUUGGUGUGGGUGAAUUCUACAAUGAAGGAGCUACUUUUCCACAUUGGUUCUUGAAAAAUGUUCCUAAUUUAGAAAGAAUGCUAGUACAAUGGAGUUCCUUCAGGGAGAUAUUUCAAGGCGAACAAGCCAUAAUUACGGAAAUGGAAACUCAAAUUAUCCCGCGACUCAAAGAGUUGGAAUUAUGGCACCUGGACAAGCUUCAAUGUAUAUGCAAAGAAGGACUUCAAAUGGACCCCAUUCUAUAUUUUCUUGAAACCAUUUAUGUUCGGCACUGUUCCAGUCUUAUGAAAUUGGUGCCUUCUUCUGUUACCUUUAAUUACUUGACCUACUUGGAGGUAACAAACUGCAAUGGUUUGAUAAAUUUGAUAACAUACUCAACAGCAAAGAGUCUUGUCAAACUUGAAACCAUGAAGAUUAAAAUGUGUAAUUGUCUUGAGGAUGUGGUCAACCGAAAAGAAGAAGAUGAGAUGAAUAAGAUUGAAUUUUCCAGUUUACAAUAUCUAGAACUUGUUGCUUUACCAAAACUCUGUCUCUUUUGCUCAUGCACGUGCCCCGUUAUGUUUCCGUUGCUGGAAGUUGUAGUCGUCAAAGGAUGCCCUCGAAUGGAACAUUUUUCAUUUGGUGUGACCAACACAACAAUUCUUGAAAAUGUACAAUUUGAUGAAGAAAACCACUGGGAAGGCGACCUCAAUGGAACAGUAAAGAAAUUGUUUGAUGACAAGGUGGCAUUUGGUAGUUUUAAGCAUUUAAAACUAUCUGAAUAUCCAGCGUUGAAAGAAUUGUGGUAUGGUCGACCUCAGCACAAUGUAUUUAGGAGUCUGAAGUAUCUAGUGGUUCAUAAAUGUGAUUUUUUAUCUGAGGUGCUCUUUCAACCAAAUUUGCUAGAAGUGCUAAUGAACUUGGAAGAAUUAGAUAUCACAGAUUGUGAUUCAUUAGAAGCAGUUUUUGAUAUGAAAGAUGAAUUUGAAAAAGAAAGUCUUGUGAAGAAUUCUACUCGAUUGAAGAAAUUAAAACUAUCUAAUCUUCCAAAACUGAAGCAUGUAUGGAAGGAGGACCAACAUAACACUAUGAGGUUUCAAAAUUUAAGUGAAGUAUCUGUUGAGAAGUGCACAAGCUUGAAAAGCCUCUUUCCACUCUCAGUAGCUAGAGAUAUGAAGAAAAUUCAAAGUCUUAAAGUUUGUGAAUCUGGAAUUGAAGAAAUUGUUGGCAACAAAGAAGGAACAAAGAAGAUGGUUAAAUUUGUGUUUCCUCAUUUAACAUCCAUCGAACUUUCCUAUUUGGCCAAACUUAAGGCAUUCUUCGCCGGUGUCCAUUCUCUUCGAUGUAAAUCAUUGAAAAAAAUCAACUUGUUCGGAUGUCCCAAAGUAGAGCUAUUUAGGACAGGACCUUUGAGACACCAAGAAAGUGCCAUAAAAGAUGAGCUCAAUAUCUCAAUGUAUCAACCUUUGUUUGUGAUUGAAGAGGUACUUAACAAUGUGGUGGAGAGUUUGAAUAUGAAUUUUAAAUAUUUUGACAUGAUAUUGCAUAGCCAAUAUUCAGGGGUUCAAUUCAACAAAGUCAAUUUCAUUGGUGUGAGCGAAUGCUACAAUGAAGAAGCUACUUUUCCAUAUUGGUUCUUGAAAAAUGUCCCUAAUUUGAAAAGAAUAUUAGUCGAAUGGAGUUCCUUCCAGGAGAUAUUUAAAGGUGAACAACUCGUGAGUACGGAAAAUGAAACUCAAAUUAUCCCGCGACUCCAAGUGUUGGAAUUAUGGCACCUGGACAAGCUUCAAUGUAUAUGCAAAGAAGGACUUCAAAUGGACCCCGUUCUGCAUUUUCUUGAAAGCAUUCAUGUUCAGCACUGUUCAAGUCUUAUGAAAUUGGUGCCUUCUUCUGUUACCUUUAAUUACUUGACCUACUUGGAGGUAACUGACUGCAAUGGUUUGACAAAUUUGAUAACAUCCUCAACAGCAAAGAGUCUAGUCAAACUUGAAACCAUGAAGAUUGAAAUGUGUAACCGGCUUGAGGAUAUAAUCAAUAGUAAAGAAGAAGAUGAGAUGAACAAGAUUGAAUUUUAUAGUUUAAAAUCACUAGAACUAAUUUCUUUACCAAGGCUCAGUGUAUUUUGCUCAUGUCCAUGCCCCAUUAUGUUUCCGUUGCUGGAAGUUGUAGUCGUCAAAGGAUGCCCUCGAAUGGAACAUUUUUCAACUGGUGUGACCAACACAACAAUUCUUCAAAAUGUACAAUUUGAUGAAGAAAAUCAUUGGGAAGGCGACCUCAAUGGAACAGUAAAAAAAUUGUUUGAUGACAAGGAAGUCUCGCAUUCUAAUGUUGAAUGAUAUAUCAUAGCAUUUGCAAGGGAAGGUAAUCAUUUGCUGCCAGGAUCGCCUCUCUCUGACUUCGUGGUUCUAGUUUCACUUGGUGGAAUCAUGUUCAUUCUGAUGUCUUUGUAGUUUAUCAUUGUAAUAGGCGUGGUCUUUCCUGAAUUUAGAUUUAAAUAAUCUUUUGUUCUUGUAUUUAAACUGCACUCUUUUUACCUUCAUCAAGGUUUUAUCCCAUUGGGUUUUUCUUGAUAAGGUUUUUAAUGAGGCAGUUGACCAACUUAUUUGGUUUAAACUAUUGUUAUCUUGGGUUUUGGUCUAGUCCCCCAAACUUUUUUUAUUUUAGUUUUAAUAAUAUUUGGUUGGGGGUGCAGGGGUUUGCACUUGUUUGUUGCA